AUGGCUUCGGAUGCACCGGCUGAUGAUCCUGGGAGACGGGCGCACAACGAUGCCAACCACGGCUUGGACCACGUGGCACGCAAGGCCUACCUCGCCAGGCGGCGGGUGUUUGCCAGUGAUACGGCGUCUCACUGGGGCACGCUCUGCGGAGAACAGGCCGAGAGCUUGAGAGCUGUGAUUGCCUUAGCCAGUCUUUUUGGCUGGUUGUUGGGUGUUUUGGACAUCACCAGCGCGUUCCUCAAGACCCCAAUUCCAGAUCUUGAGGGUUUCCCAAUCUUUGCCUUGACUCCGCCCCGCUUACUCAUCAAACUCGGGCUUGCAUCUGCGCAUGAGUUAUGGAUUCUUUCCCAUGCUGUCUACGGCCUCCGUGAAGCGCCGCGUUUGUGGGGACAGUUUCGUGACUCUUGCUUGCGCGUGUUGGAAUGGGAGUUUGAAGGAGACAAGUUUAGGCUUGAGCAGUCCACUCUUGACGCUAACUGGUGGAAGGUCAUUAGGGUAAGGGAUGAUAAGGUUGAAGGUGCACUGCUGGUCUACGUUGACGACUUUUUGUUGCGUGGGCCGGAGGGUGUUCUCAGAAGCUUGGCACAGGCGCUGCAAGACAAGUGGGCCACAACACCGCUUGUGGUGGCAACCCCAGAGCAGCCGAUCAAGUUUUUGGGUGUAGACAUCCUUGUUGUUGAGAAAGGGUUUGUCCUGUCGCAGCAGUCGUACGCAGAGGAAGUCCUCAGGUUGCACAACGUGCCUGCCCACGUGAAAGGCAAGAUCCCAUGUCCUCGAGAACUUGCGUCGUUUGAAGUCGGCGAGGGAGACACCACGCCUCCCGAUGGGGAGGCCGUCCACCAAGCACAACAGGUGACUGGUGAACUUCUGUGGUUGUCUCAGAGGACCCGGCCCGAUCUUGCUUACACUGCGUCGCUGUUGGCAAGCUUGUCACGCAAAGCCCCCGAAAGAGCCCUGAGGGUGGCCGAGAGAACGCUCGCAUACCUUCAAAGAACUAAAUCCGCGGCACUUGUCACUUUGUUGCCGAUGAGACGAGUUUGCAAGGGUAUAGCGACGCGAGCUUUGCGCCCGACGGCGUUCGAUCGCAUGGUGGCUGGUGCGUUUGCUUGUUCGGUUGCCCUGUUGUUGCGCGGCGUUCUGAGAGACAAGCCUUUGUGA